AUGAUCACAGCCAUGUGCAAUGACAGGCAAACCAGCAGGCCACCACCCAUCCAAAUACCCUGCAAGAGUUCUGUCCUGGGCCCUGUAUUGGAGAGUCAGCCACCUGUCAAGAACAAUGAUAAGAGACCCAUCCUCCCUACAGCCCAACCCUUCCAGAGACAUGAAUGUGAUUUCUACUCCAUCCCUGUGCCUGUGAAAGGACAGGAAGUAGGCAUCACUGAUACCAGCCAGGCAGCAGUAAGGCAGUCUGGCCAGAACACUGCCCUCCAUGUGAAGGGAUCAGAUGAAAACCCAGAGGAUGGUUCCCUUAAUGUUGCCCAGGAUACCUCUAAAAGCCAUAGUGUGGGUCAGGUGCUCCAUCCUCAAUCCACUGGCCGGGGCCCUCAUGCGAGCAGACGUCCCUGCCUGCAGGCUACAGCAUGGAGAUCAGCCCAGGUCCCCCCACUACGUGUCAGGGCCCCCAUCAAGAGACAUGCCCAGGAUCCUGUCAAGGCAAGCCAGCAUGCCCCAAAGAAACUUAGAGUCGACCCCAGCCUGACUCCAUAUUGGAGCACUGGAAGUCCAAGCAGGGAGAUUUACACAUCUGUGCAGUGUCUGCCUUCUACAAGUGGACUCAGAUUCAAAGUGCCACCCCACGUGACCAGGAAAACUCCACCCCAGGGUUCCAGCAUGGAUCUUCACCCUCCGAGGAAAAGCCCUGUCCUGAAUCCUGUCCCAUCCUGCACCAAGUCCAAUCCUCCAGCGACCAGCUCUGUUCCACGACAGACCCUCAGAAUGGUCUUCAGGAGACUGCACAAUCACUGUUGGAGCUCCAGGUUCAUUAUGGCUCCCCCUUCCUAUCCCCCUUCAAAGCCCAAUGCUCCUGCUAUGAGUGCCCCUUUUCUUGACAAGUCUGAGGGACACAGUUUCCAUGUGCCUGUGAGUUGCCUCUAUGAGGACCUUCAGGUUUCCUCCUCCUCUGAGGACAGUGACAUGCAGUGA